AUGCAUCCAUAUGAAGGUUAUGCAAAGUUAUGCGGUCAAGAUAUAGAGUUUUAUAUUCAAAAGCUGAACGUUACCCUCGGAAGGACCCGAGUACCUGAUCCCUCGAUCGUUGAGCCAAAAUCAUACGCGGACGAGGGAAUGGAAUCAGAAAUAUCAUCAGGCAUGAUCAACAAUAACAAUGGUUCAAGUAGUACCACUAGUAAUUUUCCACCAUCUAUAGAAACCCUGCAACGGGUGUUGUGGGAACAAGACGUCGAUAUUCCGCUAGGAACAAAUAAGAAUAUAUCCCGUCUUCAUGCCAGGAUAGUUUUUAAUACUUUUUCCAAGCAAUUUGAACUACAUGUUCUUUCUAAAAACGGAGCCAAAGUGAAUGGUGUGUUCUAUCCUCCAAUUCCUCACUCUCAACCCAUUCCAUUACACAACGGAUAUGAUAUUCAAUUAGGUGAUUGUUUUCUAACAUUCAUGUUACCAUUGAAAAAGAUUUCCCGUUCUGACAUGAUGCAUAUGAUUCAUAUCAAAAAUAAGAUGGCUCAUGAAAGCACUUCCAACAAUCUUGAAGGUGACACUACAUCAAACUCUGGAGAUGUGAAUCAAAACAAUACUGAUGUGACACCCAACGAUACCCGACCAUCUGAUUCAUUAAUGCAAGAUGAAAUGACAAGUGUCAUCUCCAAGAACUAUCUAAAAGAUAUUGAAGCACUUGAAGAAGCAGAUGGAGAGUAUGGUUCUUUUUUUCUAAACGACGGUAGAAAGAAUGUUUUUUUUAGGAACCUCGGGAAUGGUCUAGCGGGAGGUGGGACGCCUCUCUCUUCUGAACAAGCAAGUACCUUGGCAAGAUCUCUCACAUCAAGUAUUGGACCUUCGUUAACAGCAGCCGUUACACAGACGUUAUCCGGAAUUUAUUUGGAGAAUAACACAGAUCUUGUUAAAAAUUUUCUGAUGCAGUCCAAUACUUCUAGUCCCACAUAUACAAAUAUGGUUCUCGAUUAUUUGUACAACUAUGACGAUAAUGACCUUAACGAAUCUCCUGAAGCUGUGAGCAUGCUUUCAAGAAUCAUGAUGGACUUGGACGUGAAUGUAAAUCAUUAUUUAGGAUCUACAAUGAAUGGUAUGGAUUCUCAGUGUAAGAACACCAAGUCCGUUUUACAUCUUGUACUGAAUGCUGCUCUCGCAACAGAACAACAAGAACUUGCCUCUCUCUUAUAUAAGGCAAAACAAGAUAAUGACGCAAUAGUUAGAGAUGGUGUGGUCACUUUUUUUGCCAAUUUACAUUCAAGAAAUCAUCUAGAUGCCGAAUAUUCUGAUUAUUUAUCAACAACAAUGGAGGAUGAUGACCAUCAUCUUGAAGAUGAAAUGAUUGACGAGGAGAAUGCAAAUAUGACAGCAACAACAACAACAACAGUUACAUCUGCACCGCCACCGCCAUUAACUCAAUCGAGAAAGAAAAAAUCGAAAUCAUCAAAAAAUGCCGAACAUAAUGACUUUACUGCAUCGCAAUCAAUUAAGAUCAACAACACUCAACAAAGCCAAAUUACUGAUAGCUUGGAUGAUUUUGAUGAAUUACUUGAGGAACUUGUUGACACAACUCCAAUGCUUGCAUCAUCACAAAGCAACAUCGCAGGCACAAACAAUAUUACCACAACGUAUAUGGAGAAAAAUAUUGUCAACUCUCAGUCACAAGGCAUAAAUGCUUCUGUGACGACUACUGAAAUGGCUGUCACUACCACUACUACCACUUCUGCACCUCCUGCUGAACCUGUGGCUGCAAUAGCAAACACAGAAAAGAAAAAGAAGAAGAAAUCAAGUAAGGACGCCGGUAAACAAGACGGAAAGAAGGAUGCCAGUAAAAAGAAAAAGGAAAAAUCCGCAACUGAGCACAUUGUGGAAGACAAGAACACCGAAAAGAGUCGUGAGGAAAGAAAAGAAGAAAAGAAGGAAGAAAAGAAAAAGAAGAAGAAAAAAUCAUCCACAGCUGAAGCUAGCACCUCCAAUAUGACUAAGGACUUCAAGAUGGAAGAAUUUCAAACGAGCAGCACUACUGGCACCACCCAACCUCAAAUUCCACUCAUUCAACAACCCAGCUCUAGUUUAUUGUCUGCUCUUGCUGCCAUUCCCUCACUUCCAGCUGGACCAAUCACAAACAAAAAACCAGAUGUUCCAUACUCUGCCAUGAUAGCACAUGCUCUUUUGAAGGCUCCAAAUUACAUGUUACCGCUUAAAUCCAUAUAUGCUUGGAUUUCUGAGAAUUAUCCAUUCUAUGAUCCUGCAGAGACUGGUUGGAAAAGCAGCGUUCGUCACAACCUCAGUACAAACUCUAAAUAUUUUCGCCGUGUGUCACCUGAAGAAUGGAGAGCAAUUACUGGAGAGGAAAAGAAGCCUACACCAUCAACACGAAAAGUCGGAAAGGAAAAAAAGAUGUCAUAUUCAGUUUAUACCUUACUUUUGGAUCAUGCUGAAGAAGUAUUAGUGUGGAAUGAAAAGCAACCUAAAAAACAGAGAGAACCCAAGAAAGCCUCCUCAUCCACAGAUGCUAUUCCCUCAGCAGGCACUACUUCCUCAACCGUCACAGCCACAAGCACUCCUACUGUACUUACAUCCCCUUCUGUCAUGUUUUCUAAUGUCUCUUCCACAACACCAAUAACAAGCAGUGCGGUCACAAUGACAUCUUCUUCAUCACCCCCUUCUGAACCUCCAGUUCAGGCAUCUUCAAAAAAGAAAAAGUCAAGCUCCAAGAAACGAUCAAGAAAGAAGGAGAAGGAUUCAGAACCUAAGGAAGAAGCUGCAGCACCUUCUUCUCAAGUUGUUGCCUCGACGUCAACCAUUGAUGCUGAUAACUUGCUUGAUUUUGAUGAAAUUGGACCAUCGAAAGACUUUCUUCCUCCUGAGCCUGAAAAGAAGAAGAAAAAGAAGGCCUCUACUCCCAAAGUUGCAGACAGCACGAGCAAUGCAGGUAGUAGUUCCUCCGCAACAACACUUCAAAAUAUUCAACAACCAAAUCAACAACCAAUUUCUAGUACUGCAGUUGGCGGCGCGAUUGCUCAACAACCACUACAACAACAGCAACCACAUUUAUCACAAACCCCAACAGUUUUGUCUCAACCAACACAUGGCAUGCCUGUGACAUCUCAAACUUUUGGACUUGCUCAAACACAGCAUGCAUCUACUUCCCCUUCCAUGAAUGUUGGCAUGCCUCGAACAACAACAAGCAAUCUUCUUGAAAUGAUCAGUAGUCAUCAUCAACUGAACAAACCUGUCACUACUGGCACCAGCAAUAUUGGAACUAAUCCAUCAUCAGCCUCAUCGAUGGGUAUGAUUUCACUAGGCAGCAAUAUCGAUCAACCCUUCAUGUUGCAACAAAAUAUUCCACAAAGUAGUGCAAUGGGAGCUGGAAACAUGCAAUCAUCUCAACAAUCAUUUUUGCAGAUACUCAUGAACGAUGAGCUAUUGGGUGGAGGUGCUAACAUUAGUGGUGCUUCCUCACAACCACAACAACCAGUUGGACAUAUGAGUCAUCCACCCCAGCAUCAGUCUAAUCUUGUACCACAAAUGCAACGAAAUGCCCUACUGUCACAACAUCCUUUGGGACAAACGAACCUACCGACAGGUCAAGUGGGUGGUGUGAACAUGGGAGGUUCAAACUUGAUGAUGGUCAACAUGGGAGCACAAAUGGAACAAAAAUCAGCAACCCGCUGCAACAACCAUCACCACAACAGCAGCAACCAACUCCACCUCUAA